AGUACUUUAGUCCCAGCAGAGAAAUCUGGGAAUCCAGACGGCUCUGGGAGAUGAGGAGAAGCUGAAAAGGCCUCGGGUACCACAGCCGGAAGCCCUGAGCUCCACCAGUCCUGUUCAGGAGAGGACAAGGUUGAUCUCAAGGACAACCUGAAACGAGAGACUCCUCUUCCACUUCCCUCCGCUGGCCUCCGUUCUUCCAUUGUCCAUUCCUGGCCAUGGAUCGAUCCACGCAAGAGCUUUUCCUCAACUUCAUGAUAGUGCUGAUCACGGUGCUUCUCAUGUGGCUUCUGGUGAAGUCUUACCAGGACUGAGAGACUCACCCACUUCAUGGCAUCACUGAAGGAUGUGUGUUUGGGAAAUAAUGUGAAGCCUGCUGCUCCUAUGUGUGCCCUGUGUCUUUGGCUUUGUGUGCAAAAUCUGUAAUGUGAUUUUUUUUUUUACUCUAAAAUACUUCCUGGAUUUGCUCACCUAAAUAGCCAAAUGGAUCUCGGAUGAUGUAAAUUAUUCUACAACAAUGUAUCUAGAAAGCAUGGCAUUUCCUAACCCGUGCAUGCACUUGACAUGGAACCACGAU